CUCUGGGCGCUCAGUGAUACGUACACCUUCGACAUGGUUGGAUCACUGCUGCUGGCUGUGGGCGCAUUGGCGGCGCUGCUCUAUGGCUUUCUGGUGUGGAACUUUGGCCACUGGCGACGACGGGGCAUCAAGGAGCCGAGGGCGCUGCCGCUGCUGGGCUCGUUCCCCAAUAUGGUCUGGCCACGCCAGCACUUUACCAUGGACAUGAGGGAUCUGUACAUGAAAUACCGGGAGACGGACAGCUACAUCGGCACAUAUCUGCUGCGUUCGCCCAAGCUGCUGCUGCUGGAGCCGCGGCUGGUGUACGAGGUGUUCGUGAGUGCGUUCCGCCACUUUGAGGACAACGAUGCCGCCCGCAUGGUGGACACCGGCAAGGACGUGCUCGUCUGCUGCAAUCCCUUCGUGCUGGAGGGGAACGAGUGGCGCCAGCAGCGCGGCAUCUUCUCCAGCCUGCUGACCAACGGCCGCAUCCGCACCACCCACACCAUCAUGCAGCGCGUGUGUCGCGAUCUGUGCGACUUCAUUGGCAGGGAAUCGCUCAAGGGAGAGCCGCAGGAUGGCAUGGAUCUCGGCCUGCGCUUCACCGGCGACAGCCUCUUCGACUGCGUGCUGGGCAUUCAGGCGCGCUGCUUCAGCGACUCGCCGCUGCCGGUGAUCCGGCACAACCGGGAGAUGUCCAACGAGAAUCCGGGCCUGGCCAUUGCCGGCGCCCUCAACGGCCUCUUUCCGCGCCUGCCCCGCUGGCUGCGGCCCAAGAUCUUUCCCCGCUCCUACGACCGCUUCUUCGGCGACCUCAUCCGGGAGGCGUUCCGGCUGCGGCGCGGCCAGCACCAGGAGCGCAACGACUUCAUCAACCAUCUGCUGGCCCUGAAGCGGGAGCACGGCCUGACCGAGCCGCAGCUGACGUCGCACGCCAUGACCUUCAUGUUCGACGGCCUGGACACCACCUCCUCGACCAUCUCGCACUGCCUGCUGCUGCUGGGACGCUAUCCGGAGUGCCAGCAGCGCCUGUGCCAGGAGCUGGACCAGGCCAGUCCCACGAAGGAGCUGCCCGACCUGGACGCGCUCAAUGAUCUGCCCUAUCUGAGUGCCUGCUUCAAUGAGAGCCUGCGCAUCUAUCCAGCUGGGGGCUGGGCCUCGAAGACCUGCACCGAGGCGUACAAGCUGCGCGGCAGCCACCACAGCCAGCCGCUGCAGAUGCUGCCGGGCGACAACGUCAUGAUACCCAUCUAUGGGCUGCAUCACGAUGCCCAGUUCUAUCCGGAGCCGGAGGAGUUCCGGCCCGAGCGCUUUCUGGACGGCGGCCUCAAGCGGUUCAAGCAGAUGGGCGUCUUCCUGGGCUUCGGCAACGGGCCGCGCCAGUGCGUGGGCAUGCGUCUGGGCCUGGCCCAGGCAAAGGCCGCCCUGGCGGCCAUUGUGCAGCGUUUCGAAGUGCGUGUAAAUCCACGCACCGCCGCGGGCCUCGAACUCGAUCCGUACAUCUUUGUGGGCUGCCACAAGGGCGGCAUCUGGCUGGAUUUCGUAGCACGUCAGGUUUAGGUUUAGGUUUAGGUU